UUGGUCCGAGCCAAUUCAAAAGCUCCGCCACACACGCACAGUGGAACCAGGUUUUCUGCUCCCACGAGGUGGUCCAAAUCAAAGGGACCGUCCCCUUUUCAUUAACUUUGAUUUGGGUUUCUCUGAAAUGGGUAAAAGGGAUAAUGGUCGAUCAUGUUAGGAGAAGAUGCUUUGUCCUCUUCCAAUAAUCGCUCUGCCUAAUAAGUCCAGUGGUUGAGCAGGAACGGUUUUUGUAUCAUUUUGCUAUACAUUUGAACCUGCAUAAGCUUAAGGAGUGCUGCACACUUGUGGUUGUGUUUAAGAGGGAGGUUUAGAAGGAUUUACAGCCAUGAGAAGAUCGGGUGUAAACCAACCAAAAGUGAAGCGUCUUGUUGGAAAAUAUGAAAUCGGUCGAACGAUUGGUGAGGGUACGUUUGCAAAAGUGAAAAUAGCCAAAAAUUCUGAAAAUGGGGAACAUGUAGCAAUAAAGAUCCUUGACAAGGAGAAAGUUCUGAAGCACAAGAUGGCUGAACAGAUCAAGCGGGAAAUAGCGACAAUGAAACUAAUAAAGCAUCCACAUGUCGUCCAAUUGUUCGAGGUUAUGGGGAGCAAAACAAAGAUAUUCAUUGUUUUGGAGUUCGUUACCGGAGGCGAACUUUUUGAUAAAAUUGUAAAUCAUGGACGGAUGACCGAAAGUGAGGCACGGAGAUAUUUUCAGCAACUUAUAAACGCGGUUGAUUAUUGUCAUAGCAGAGGUGUUUACCAUAGGGAUCUUAAGCCUGAAAAUCUAUUGUUAGAUGCCAAAGGAAAUCUUAAAGUGUCUGAUUUUGGAUUGAGUGCACUGUCACAACAAGUUAAGGACGAUGGCCUGCUUCACACUACUUGUGGAACUCCAAACUAUGUUGCUCCUGAGGUCCUUAACGAUAGAGGCUAUGACGGAGCGACUGCAGACUUAUGGUCAUGUGGAGUCAUACUCUUUGUACUGCUUGCAGGUUACUUGCCUUUUGAUGAUUCUAAUAUCAUAAACCUUUAUAAAAAGGUGAGCAUUUGUUUACCUCGUUUUUUUCUUUUUCUUUUUCGCCAUUCGAUUCUACUUCUCUUUGCAUUCUUCAGCAUUCACUUCGAUUAUUUGCAGAUCUCGGCCGCUGAAUUUACUUGUCCUCCAUGGCUUUCUUUAGAUGCCAUGAAAUUGAUCGCUCGAAUUUUGGAUCCGAACCCAAUGACUCGCAUCACCGUACCAGAAAUUUUGGAAGAUGAAUGGUUUAAGAAAGAUUAUAAGCCCCCGGUUUUCGAGGAGCCUAAGAUUGCAAACUUAGAUGAUGUAGAAGCAGUCUUCAAAGAUUCGGAAGAGCACCAUGUGACAGAGAAGAAGGAAGAACAACCUGUAGCCAUGAACGCCUUCGAGUUAAUUUCAAUGUCGAAGGGGCUCAACCUGGAAAAUUUGUUUGGUACAGAACAGGAAUUCAAGAGAGAAACCAGGUUCACCUCUAAAUGCUCAGCUAAUGAAAUUGUAAAUAAGAUUGAAGAAGCUGCCAAACCUCUUGGUUUUGAUGUGCAGAAGAAAAAUUACAAGAUGAGACUCGAAAAUGUGAAAGCGGGUCGGAAGGGAAACCUUAAUGUUGCCACAGAGAUUUUGCAAGUGGCACCUUCUGUUCAUGUGGUUGAGAUGCGAAAAGCUAAGGGGGACACCUUAGAGUUUCACAAGUUCUACAAAAACCUCUCCACCUCUCUAGAGGAUGUUGUUUGGAAGACUGAGGAAGACAUGCCAGCAAAAAAGUGAAACUUGGCACGGUUCGAGGUUUGAAAUGUGAAGAACGAAAUAUUGUAAAUGCUUCAUGACUGUUGUUUGACUCGUGUGUUCGAUCGAUUGUUUUCCGUUUUAUUGUAGGAAAGCAUGGAAAGCUCCCAAGAAUGAGUUAUGAUGACGUUUUUUAUGUUACAUUUGGAACUUUAGUUCUUAGUGAUAGUAAGAAAUAUUUGCCAUUCUUUUAGUCUAUCAUAUGAUGCUUCUACUUCA